UGGCAAAUCAUCCCUCCUGGCUCAUCCUCUUCCUGCCGGGCAGGGAGUUGUCUUUUAACGACUUCCAGAGGAUUCGUGCCUCUAGCACCUCGCGCCAUAUCACCGUGCUGCAGAUGUCCGCGAUUCGAAAUUUUACCACGAUCUGGCGACCCCGGGACCACUGUGCCGCGAUCUGACCAACUCGCACCGCGUUCCUCACUUGGCCCUCGUGCCUCCCGAUAGAUAAUUCUAGCCUGCGAAUAUGGCGACGUCGACAGAUGGACCCGAACCGAGGGUGCUUGGGGUGGCCAGGCGAACCUUCGGCAUGGCCUUGCUACUGCUCGUGGUGGUGCUGUGGACAGCGUCAAAUUUCCUGGGAAGCACCAUUUUCGCCGAUAAAACCUAUCCCAAGCCCUUCUUCGUGACCUACGUCAAUACUUCGCUUUUUACUCUCCCGCUCUUCAGUACGCUUAUCACUCGGACAUGGGGAUUAUGGCGUAGUAAGAAGUUGUCUCAGAUCCACUCAUUCCGGAGCUGGUUGCGACACCUGGACUCGGAGGAUCCCAAGUAUGAAGAGCAGAGUAUGUUGCGCUCUGAGUCGUUUGACGAUGAUACUGGGCGCGAUCACGAAAUCCACAGAUCGCAGUAUUCGCGGUCGAAAUGGGAUGAUGAAAAUGCAAGGUUGGGGCUGCGAGCGACGGCUAAGCUAAGCUUGGAGUUUUGCCUCUUAUGGUUUGUUGCAAACUAUUUCGCCAUGGCAUGUCUCCAAUUCACGACGGUUGGAAGCACUACGAUUCUGACUUCUACCAGUGGCGUUUGGACACUCGUCUUUGGCGCGAUGAUCGGAGUGGAGAGAUUCACUCUGCGCAAAUUCCUUGGAGUUGUCGCUUCGCUGAUAGGAAUCAUCCUCAUCUCACGCGUUGAUCUGUCGAAACCAGACGCAGGCGAUGCCACGUCCGCCGAUAACGGGGGAAGCUCUUUCCCCCACAAAACUCCAACCGAGAUCGCCAUCGGUGAUGCCAUGGCUGCAUUCAGCUCAGUUUUGUACGGUGUGUACACGAUUGUGAUGAAGAAACAAGUCGGGGACGAGUCACGAGUGAACAUGCCACUGUUCUUUGGAUUGGUUGGCUUCUUCAACCUUGUUCUCUUGUGGCCGGGAUUUUUCAUUCUGCACUGGACUGGGGUGGAAACAUUUGCACUACCAGAUACGCAACGGGUGUGGACUAUUAUUCUGGUCAACUCGCUCUCGUCGUUCAUUUCUGACAUUGCAUGGGCUUAUGCAAUGCUCCUCACUACACCCCUCGUAGUAACCGUCGGUCUCAGCCUGACCAUCCCACUGUCCUUGGUUGGACAGAUGUUCCUGCAAUCCCAGUACGCAUCUCCAGUAUACUGGCUAGGUGCUGCGAUAGUCUUCUUGUCAUUCAUGGUCGUCAACCACGAAAGCAAACCCCAAGAAGAAGCCGGUAUUUCCGGAGAAACGAGUAGACCAUCGUCGGGGGAGUAUGAUACCAUUCCCCGUGAAGAAGAAAUGCGAUAGAUUCUGCGAGGCAGAUUUGUCAUAACGAGGAGUUUCCUUUUCUUGCGCACAAUUCUCGGUUUCUCAAGAUGGCGUUGUUUGAUAUCAUUGUUUGCAUUUCGGUUUUGUUCAAUUGUGCCUUGCAUGACUCGUAGUCUCUUUCCUAUCCUGACGCAAGCGAUAAUGAUUGUCGACGCGUGCAUAUUAAAUGUACCUUUCUAUCUAGAAUGUUAGAAUAUCCAACAAUACAUCGCAAGCUCCGCCUUGAUACUUAUCACCAUGGGGUUGGGUGUCGUUGAGCACA